AAACGCUCUAAUUUCAAAAAAAUUAUUUUGACAAAAAUCUUGGCAAAAUAUCAAGGAGAUGUUUUAAUUCUGUUCUCGGUUUUCAAUGAAAAAUGUUGUUUUCUUAUUCAAUUUAUUCUUGAUAAAAACAUGGCGGCGCGCAUAGCUACGUCGGCUUGCGGUCAAUUAUUUCGGUCAAAAUGCGCUCAAAAUGUUAUUUUCCGUCCUCAGAGAUGCCUGUCUAGUGUAACAUCGUUAGACGCAUCAUCAGGUCUGACAGAAGAGCAACAACAAAUUCAGAAGGUGGCAUUUGAUUUUGCCAAAAAUGAAAUGGCACCAAAAAUGGCGGAAUGGGAUCAGCAGGAGAUAUUUCCGGUGGACACGAUGCGUCGGGCCGCCGAGCUCGGCUUCGGGGCCAUCUACGCCCGUGAGGAGUAUGGCGGUACCGGACUGACGCGUCUGGACGCAGCCAUCGUGUUCGAGGCGCUGUCGCAGGGCUGCGUCACCACCACCGCCUACAUCAGCAUACACAACAUGUGCGCCUGGAUGGUGGACGAGUUUGCCAGUGCCGAGCUGCGCGCCGCCUGGCUGCCUCGGCUGGCCACCAUGGAGCGACUGGCCUCCUACUGUCUGACGGAGCCCGGCGCCGGCUCCGACGCCGGCUCUCUGACCACCAGCGCCAGACGUGACGGAGAGCACUUCGUGCUCAACGGCUCCAAGGCGUUUAUCAGCGGCGGCGGCGAGACGGACGUGUACGUGGUCAUGUGCCGGACGGGCCAGCCGGGUCCGCGCGGCGUCAGCUGCCUGCUGGUCGAAAACGGCACGCCCGGGCUCAGUUUCGGCAAGAAGGAGCGUAAGAUGGGCUGGAACGCGCAGCCGACGCGCGCCGUCAUCUUCGAGGACUGCCGCGUGCCGGUGACGAACCUGGUGGGCGCCGAGGGGCAGGGAUUCUCCAUCGCCAUGAAGGGCCUCAACGGCGGCCGCAUCAACAUCGCGUCCUGCUCGUUGGGCGCGGCCCAGGCCAGUCUGGAGCUGGCCCGCGACCACGUGCUCGUCAGGAAGCAGUUCGGCCAGCGGCUCGCCGAUAUGCAGCACACGCAGUUCUCACUGGCGCGCGCCGCCACUGAUCUGGUGGCCGCUCGGAUGAUGGUGCGUAACGCGGCGGCGGCGCUGCAGACCAACCACCCGGAUACCGUGGCGCUCUGCUCCAUGGCCAAACUGUUCGCCACCGACCGCUGCUUCGAGAUCGUCAACUCUGCGCUGCAGCUGUUCGGCGGCUACGGCUACCUCAAGGACUACAGCGUCGAGCAGUACCUGCGGGACAUCCGGGUGCACCAGAUCCUCGAGGGUACCAACCAGGUGAUGCAGCUGCUGAUCGCCCGGCGCGUCCUCGGCGAGUGACCGACACCAGAGGUCACCAGAGGUCAGCAGGGGUCAGCGGAUGUCGCCGGAGGUCAUAGCAGUCAAGGAAGGCCAUCGGGUGUUGACACGAGCUGGAAGUUAGAGGAAUUCAAGGACGGCGGCAGCUGCGAGUACCGGGAUGCACGUUAGCCGGCCGCAGGUCGAUUGGUUGUGAAAUGUCCCUCGGUGAAGGUUAGAUAUGUGUCGUGAUAGCAGCUCCGAUGGCUGCGGUGUGAGCAGGUAGGAGUGGACGGGGCCGGCCUCAGAGGCAGACCAUGACCACUGCGAGGGUACAGGUCGGUCAGCCACGGAAGAGGACGGAAGUGAAGCGCCUGCAACUGGGCGCUGAUAUGUGCAAUAUUGACGAUACUCCGGCUCCAUGCUACUGAGCUGUGGAUAUGUGAAGUAGUGUUUUUUUUUUUUUAGUAGGUAUGUUUGACAGGAGGAUGCUAGUUUUGGUGAUGUAUUUGUAGAUGUGCUAUUUUCAUCACUUUUGAACAACUGGUAUCGAAAUAAAGAUGACUUAUCAUGCA